AUGUCAUCAGCAGUUACACUUCCAAAGGUUCUUAUCGUCCUCUCUUCCGCCACCAAAACACUCAAAGGCGAAGACACUGGUGUGUUCAUCAGUGAAUUGGCCCACCCAUUCUAUGCAAUCCACCAACACGUAGACAUUACAUUCGCUUCACCAACAGGACACUCAGUGAUUGAUCCAGGAUCUAUCGCUAUGUUCAAGGAUGACAUUGAAUCCAUGUCUUUCCUCAAGGACCGCGCAGACAAGUACCAGAACAACGUCCCUCUCUCCCAAAUUAACCCUGCCGAGUAUGACGCUGUUUUCCUUCCAGGUGGUCACGGUCCAUCGAUCGACCUUAUCAAGGACAACGACGCACAGCGCGUCAUCAGCCGUAUCUACCAAGCAGGCAAGCCAGUAGCUGCUGUGUGCCACGCAGGUGGUGUCCUCGGCAACGUCGUCGAUAAGCACAGCGAGUCCAUCUACAAGGGUAGACAAGCAACCGCCUUCUCCAACACCGAGGAAGAAAUGGUCGGCAAGGUCCAGAGCAUCUCUGAGACACCAGAGGAUCACAUCAAGAGACACGGCGGUGUCUACGUCAAGGCUGACCAGCCAUGGGGCGAAUGUGUCAUUGUCGACAAGAACGCCAAUGGUGUGUAUAUUUCAGGCCAGAACCCUGCCAGUGCUAAGAAGCUCGGCGAUGAGUUCCUCAAAGCUAUCCACGAGGGUGUGCAGAAGUAA